AUGGCAGGAAAGAGCACGUUCCUCAGAGUUCUGCAGAGUCGUUUUCCAGUGUCCACUGUACAGGAACCAGUUGACAAGUGGCAGAAAAUAUCGAGGUUUGCCAUUGGGAUUUCAUUCUUGGAGCUGACCAUCAGCAGCAACGAGGGAGAAAAGUCAGACAACCUGCUGGAUAUGUUCUACAAAGAUCCGAAACGAUGGGCGUACACCUUUCAGACUUACGCCUUCUUGAGCCGACUGGAAACACAGCUUAGCAAAGAUUCGUCUCCGUCAAAGAUCGUCAUCCUCGAGCGAUCAGUGGCGUCAGACAAGGAGAUCUUCGGCCUGUUCAAUGGCGUCGAGGUAGAGUGGCGGACGUCCAGACUGUCUGACGGUCUGACGAGCGAGCAGUGGGCCCUUUACAGUGAGUGGCAUGAGUGGAUGAUGAAGAGAUUUCAUCCUGACAGCGAGGUCGACGCCUACGUCUACCUCCGCACAAGGCCAGAAACAUGCAUGAGAAGGCUGCACAAGAGGGGCAGGGGAGAGGAGAAGUCCAUCCCCCUAGACUAUCUGCAGCAAAUCCACGAGAGACACGAAGAGUGGCUAAUGCAGGGAGCAGCGGGCGGGAAGAUGGGAGACCGGCUACUGACGAGACGCUCCCGGGGGGAUGAGAAACCUGUUCUUGUGGUGGACUGCGAGCAAGAGGACGACGGGAGAUCAGCAAGAGAGGAGGAGCUUGUUGGGCAGGUUAGAGAGUUUCUAGACCGGUGCUUUCCCGGUCAUCUAUAG